AUGGAACCAAUUGACGAAGAAGCUGAAUUUGAUAUCGGUUUUGAGGUUAACGGCAGUGAGACCGAUGCUGCUAAUGAUGUUGAAGUUUCAAUCAAUGGUGGAACUGACACAACUGGCACACAAGAAGGUGAUGAAGCAGCUCCUGCAAACAAAGGAGGGCGAAAGAAAAGAAGGUUAACAUCUUCAGUUUGGCAUCAUUUUCGAAUUCUGCCCCAGAAACCAAAUGAAAAGCUUCACUGUGAAUGUAAAAAAUGUGGUAAGAAAUACUUGGCUGGAAGUGAGAAUGGCACAUUGGCUGAUUUUAAGGCUGCCCUCUUUGCUCUUUAUGAUGAGUACUUGCUAGCUUCACCAUCUAAUCAGGCAUCAUCAUCUUGUUCUUCUGGUAGUAACAAUGAGCAUCGAAGAGAAACUGAAGGGAGUCAUACUUCAACUUUAAUGAUGGUAAUCCCAAUUUAUGAACCUGAUUUGGAAUUUGCAGAGGAGCUCUCACAUUUGGAUAGCUUGUUAGUUUGUAAAGUUUCCGGAGGGACUGACAGCAAUAAUAAUUCUAAUGUUCAGAGUCCUUGGCCGGAAACGCCAAGCAUUCCUUGGCCGGAGAUAGUACCACGUCGGAGCAAUCCUCCGCCGAAAGGAGAGUCGAAUCCUCGGGCGUCGAAAAUUCCUGAAUUUCUUAAGAUUUUCGAAGAAGAAUGGGGGGAUCAAACUCGACAAAUGCUAGAGCUACUCGACGACUUGAGGAACCAGCUUGUAUUGAGCAAAUUCUCCGAAAAUGAAACAAAGGCGUGGCUCCAAAAUUGCAACGAAUACUUCUCAAUUUUGUCUAUUCCAGAAUCUGAUCGAUUGGAGAUGAUUAAACCAUACUUAGAAGAUGUUGCCGAGAUUUGGCUCGAAGCAAUGAUGAUGUUGAAACCUAAUAUAACUUGGUUGGAAGUCUCCAAUGGUUUCAUCAAGCGUUUGGAGGAAAAGAUGAGUCACGACGAAAUUGAUUUGGGGAGUGAAGUAAGCCAAACUGAUUCUUCACUCUUGGAGCCCUUGACAUCGGAAGAAGGAGGUAAUACCAUUCUUUCUCAAGUUUUAAACGAAAUGGUAGGUUCUGUUGAUGAUGGAUUGUUGUUGGAUUUGGGUGAUAAUCUAGUGAUGAUUGAUUCAGUAAAUUUGAAUGAAGAGGACGAUUUUGUCUUCUUUAAGUUGACUGAUGAAAUUUUAACUCCAAUUGAUAACUUGAGGAUGAUUUUUUUUUUUUUUUUUGAGAUCAAUGAUGAUGAAUUUUUGACUGUUGACAAGUUGUCGAAUUGUGAUGAUGAUAACAAUGUCUCUUUAGAACAUUUGGUUCAUGAUUCUGAAAAUUUGAAUGGGGCUAGUGCUGCUUUGAUGAGUUCAACUGUUAGCUCGUGUGAUGAAGAUGUUUCAAAUAUGAACCUAGUUGGCCAUGUGGCUUUAGAAGAUGAUUUUCUAUUUAUGCAUGAUAUUGUUUUCUUGGAUUUGACUGAUGAAAUUCAAAUUGACGAGGAUUGGGUUGUUGAUUCUGAGUUUUUGAAAGAAGAAGGUGCUAAUGCUUUUCUGGUUUGUGAUGCAUUGUUGAGUUCUGAUGAUGAUUUUCGGGCUUUUGGUGAACUGUGGAAUUCUAAUGACAAUGCACGUGCUUUGCUUGAAAAAGUGGUUGCAAAUUCUAUGAUUUUCAAUGAUUUAUAUGAUGAUCCUGUGAGUUGUUAUAGGUCGGUGAUGUCUGAAUUUGUGGUUAAGGAAUUUCUCUCUGCGACUUUAUUUGCUAUUGAGCCUGGUGGAAUGAUAAAUUUUUAUAUCAGAGAAACUAUUGGUAAAAGUGUGCAUUCUGAUGAUGAUAUUUUAUUUGAGAAUUCAGAUGAUUAUGUGUUCUGUUGUAACCUAUGGGAUCUCAUAAUUGGUAGCAUGAAGUUGGGUGAUAGUAUUUUUGCUACUGAGAUCCGUAAAUCAUUUGUUGGUUUGAACAAAAUUAGACUGGUCAAGAAAUUGCAUGAAUUAUGGGUUGACAGGGUGACUACAUUUAGGAGAGGAACUGAUGAGUCUGUGGUGAUUGAACUUGAGUUUGAUGAUUUUGGAAGCUCUUUUAAGACUGAUCUCUGUUUGUGGGUUGGGUAUAAUGCCUUUAACCAGUUGACUCAAAAUAUGGGUAGUUAUAGAGGUGGUAUAACAUCAGAAAGAUUCUCAAAGAAGAAGUUUCAACUGAAUGGAAUUCUGAACUUUGUGAGUUCUUUGAUGCAAUUGAGCUUUUCUAGAGAUCUGAAUUUGAAUGAUAUUAAUCCUGAAUUUGUGAUCUUAGUUUAUGAAAACAUUGCUCUUGGUAUGAUUGUUCUUGAGCAGAAUCCUACAUUGCUUCUCUUCUUAAGCCUGGUAUUAGAAGCAAGGAAAUGGAAGCUGAAACCACUGAAGUUUGCAGCAAGCAACCCUGAAGUUGAUGUUCACCUGGAACUACUUAUUUGGAAAAGGAUUGAAACUUCUUAUUCAUUUUUCUACCUUGAGGAAAAUGUGAAAGGAACUGAUGAACCACUCAUAUCCAUCACCACCACCAAGAUGGAAGAAGAUGUAGAACCAACGGCAAAAUUUUGGCAACCACAACUAUCAUACCUCUAUAUGUGUCUUGCAUCUGUUGGUGAUCAGAAUCGUUUGCAUAGACUUCAAGCACCAUGGGACAAGGUUGUCACUGUAUUCAAGGGUGGCACCAUUUUCAUAUAUUACAAAGUGAAGGGAUCAUCUGCUACUCAAGAGUUAUCUACUGGAAAUUACAUUCAGAGCUUCCUGCCUAUCAAAUUUGGAGUCUUGGCAGCAACCUUUUUACUUUCAAAAGCCAUUACUUCAAAGGGCAAUGAUUAUCUUAUUCUUUCUGGUUCUAGAAAUGGAAGCUGUAUUGAGUAUUAUAUGUGUAGGUUCAGUUUUAACCGUUCAAGUGUUGAGGACAAGACUUAA